AUGGGAUCCUUACUCACCAUUGUCGAUCCUAAAGAGGUCUGUGAUUCCACAGAGAGUGCAGUGGAGAGUAGCUUGGCAAGCACUGGCCAUUUUAAUAAGCUAUAUAUUAGUGUCACUUCUAUCUUCAGCAUGUCAUCUUCUUCAAUAAGAUCUACACAAAUUUCAUGGCUCCCACUCCUCCUCUACUCUGUUUCUGUUCUGUUCGCCAUUAAUAAAGUUUUGGUGGUUUGUGGCCGAUGUCUUGAGGAUCAAAGAUCUCUUUUUCUCCAGCUGAAUCAAAGCCUCACCUUCUCUCAGUGGCCCUGUUCUGAUGAUCCAAAACUUGUGUCUUGGAACACAAACACUGAUUGCUGUAGUUGGAAAGGCGUCACCUGCGACAGAGAUUCUGGUCAUGUUAUUGGUCUCGACCUCAGUGGCGAAUGUAUAUCCGGAGGAGUUGAGAAUAUAAGCAGCACUCUAUUUAAUCUUCGGUAUCUCCUGCAAAGCUUGAAUUUGGCUGACAACUACUUCAAUUCUACGCCGAUUCCAUCUGGGCUUGACAAAUUCGUCAAUUUAACCAUCCUCAACCUGUCCAACGCCGGUUUUGGAGGCCAAGUUCCCAUCGAAAUCUCACGUCUCAGGAGGUUAUUUUCUCUCGAUCUCUCCAAUAUGCCUAUGUAUGAACGGAAUCAAUUGAUACUCGAAAACCCAGAUCUUAGAACUCUUGUUCAGGACCUCUCAGGAUUGAGGAUCUCCGUCUUGAUGGAGUGCAUAUAUCAGCGAAUAAGGGAAGUCAAUGGGCCACUGGAUUCUUCGCUUUCAGAACUAAGUUUGCUCUCUCAGAUUGAUCUCAGCCAGAACGAUCUAUCUACUGAAGUACCAAUUUUCUUUGAGAAUUUCAUCAACUUGACUUCUCUGCGUCUCAGUGAUUGUGGGUUAUACGGGAAAUUCCCGAACAGAGUUCUUCAGCUAAGAACCCUUCAAAGCCUCGAUGUAUCAGAGAACCCGCUUCUAUAUGGUUUUCUGCCAGAAUUUCCUCUAAACGGAUCUCUUAUUCAGUCCUUGGUACUCUAUGACACCAGCUUCUCAGGUUCCUUACCAGAUUCUAUAGCCAAUCUUAGCCUUCUCUCCGAAUUACGUCUCUCGAGUUGCAGCUUCAAUGGGUCAAUUCCGUCAUCCAUUAUAGAACUUAACCAGCUCGAACUUUUGGACUUGUCAAAUAACAGUUUCACUGGCCCUAUACCUCCGUUGCCUGAAACUCUAACCCUAGUAAUCCUUUCCCAUAAUAUGUUGACAGGUCCACUUUUGGACUCAAGGGAAAAGCCUCGUAAAGCUUGA